AUGUCGCAUCUGUUCAAAAUUGGAGUCUAUUACAAUAUUUGGGGUUCAAGGUCAGAUUCGGUGGCUCAGCAGAGUGAUUCCGGAGGAAUUGGCUUCUUCUAUGAGCGAGUUUGGUUUGAUCUAUUCCCAGUACUUGUCGAGAUCAAAUGGCUUAUGAAGCUUUCAAAAAUCCCUCAAGUCACCGAAGUUGCAAGCUUUACCAAAGAUGCUGAGGUGUACUUGCAAGGCAUAAUCGAUGGGUUUAGCAUUGAUGAUGCAUUGGAAGUUAAGAAGAUCGAGAGAGUUCCUGAGUUUUUCCAUUUUGCUUGCACGUCUCGGGACAUCAACAAUCUUUCCAAUGGUUUAAUGCUUCAAGAAGCACUUACUUCUGUUAUACUUCCAACCAUGGAUGAGCUGAUCAAAUCCAUCUCUCUCAUGGCCAAGGAAUUUGCAUACGUCCCCAUGCUUUCACGCACUCAUGGCCAGCCAGCUUCUCCUACAACAUUGGGCAAGGAAAUGGCGAUUUUCGCUGAGUUUGUUACUUCUGUCGGAUUAACUUUUAACCCAUACGUCACUCAGAUUGAACCUCAUGACUACAUGGCUAGACUUUUUAACACAAUUAGCCAAUUCAACAAUAUCUUGAUUGAUUUCGACAGAGAGAUAUAUAGAGCUACAUAUCUCUACGCUACUUUAAGCAGAUAA